AUGCCAUUCUCACACCAUAGCCAUUCGGGCCAGUUCUGCCCGGGACACGCUCAGAACUCCAUGGAGGAGAUGAUCCAGACAGCCAUUGCCCAAAAGAUGCACACCUUCUGCUUAACCGAACAUAUGCCCCGCGGCAAAGAAGAUUUCUACCCAGAAGAGAACAUUUCCAUCUCAGGCAUGAUUAACAACAAACCCAAGAUCGAGGCUGGUAACACAGAAUCAUGGCACUCAUCCAACGAAGCAGCCUACUGGACUGAAGCAGUGCGCCUGCGUACAAAAUACGCCUCCCAGAUCCAGCUCGUCAUUGGCUUCGAAAGCGACUGGAUCCGGCCCUCCUCGGAGACCCUCAUCUCACAGUCCCUUUCCAAACUCCCCUUUGAAUUCUUUAUCGGCUCCGUGCAUCACACGCACACCGUGCCAAUUGACUACGACAGACCCAUGUACGAGCAGGCGCGGCAGCAGGCCGGGGGUACGGACGAGCGCCUGUUUGAAGACUACUUCGACGCCCAGUUUGAUAUGCUACGCAAGCUGCGGCCGCCCGUUGUAGGGCAUUUUGAUCUGAUUCGCUUGAAAAGCGAUGAUAUGGAGCGCAGCUUUAAGUCCUUUCCGGGGGUUUGGAGCCGGAUUCUGCGGAAUUUGGAUUUCAUUGCUGAGUAUGGUGGACUCGUUGAGUUGAACUCGGCUGCGAUCCGGAAGGGGAUGAGUGAGCCGUACCCCAAGGCUGAGAUCUGUAGGGAAUUUGUGGCGCGUGGUGGCCGAUUUUGUCUCUCGGACGAUAGCCACGGCGUUGAUCAGGUCGGCUUGAAUUUCCACCGCGUGCUGGACUUCCUCGACAAAGCGGGUAUCUCGUCGUUGCAUUAUCUGACAUUGGCGGAGCCAUCCACCGCAGCCACGGUUGAUGCCCGAUUUCCUCGCACGCAGACGGCAUCUGUUUCGAUUGACGAGUUGAAGGAUAUGGCAUUUUGGAAGAGUUCACAGAGAUAG